AUGGAUCGCCAAGUGGUAGGAAGGGGCCGCGGAGACCCACUAGACAACAUCCGGAAGCGGGUAGAGAUAGAGAGCCCGAGGUCAAUCCAGACCAAAGGGCGCCAUCAGGGAGGCCCAGUCGAUUCCGAUGAUCGGGCAUUGGAAAGGUUCCUGAAGUUUGGACCUCCCAAAUUCCAUGGAGGACCUGAGCCGGAAGUGGCCGAAGGCUGGUGGGAGAGGAUCACUGAGAUCUUCGCCGCCCUAAACUAUACGGAGGAGCGAAAGAGGCGUGUUCGGAGGUUUGUGCAGGGUUUGAAUGUAGAACUACAGGAAAGUUUAGCCGCGGUGAGGAUAGAUACUUUCGCAGAUGCUGUCGAAAGAGCUCAGAGAGUUGAAGUAGCUAGAGCUCAAGUGAAAUCCUUUCAAGCUAAGAAAAGAUUUAACCCCAGCAGUAGUCGAGAGCCGACGUAUGGAAAUACUCCACCGGCUAAAGUGGGCCGGGGAACUGGCGGAAUGACUAGUCCCGGAGCACCGCGAGGUGCACUAGCAAGGGGAACCGGGGCAAGGAAUGCAGGGGGAAGAAACAAUGGAUUUAGAGGGGGACCGAUUGGAAGAGGACAACCUAGAAAUACCUCGCAAGGAGGCCGAGCCAUAAUUCCCCAAAUGACUUGUGCAUACUGUAAGAAACCUGGCCAUACUAUGGAUAGCUGCUGGAAGAAGCAAGGAAAGUGCCUGAAAUGCGGAAGCAGCGAGCACCAAAUUUCUGGGUGCUCAAAAAUGCAGGAAGGGACUACUUCGAAUGCUAGACCAAACACUUCUGGAGGGAGCCGGCCGACAGUUCCUGCCAGAGUGUAUGCUUUAGGAGAUCAACCUGUACCUAAUGCCUCGGAAGUGGUGGAAGGUACACUCCCGAUCUUUCACCGAUUAGCUAAAGUAUUGAUUGACCCUGGGGCAACCCAUUCUUUCGUUAAGCCAUCCUUUAUGUCUGGAUUAGAUGUGCAACCUGUUAGAUUGCCCUUUGACCUUGAAGUUAGGACACCCAUGGGUAAUAAGAAUGUAAUCACUAGCUUGGCUUAUAGGAAUUGUGAAUUCUGGAUUGGAGAGCGUAAAAUGCUAGUGGACCUGAUUAGCCUAGACAUAAAAGGUUACGAUGUUAUAAUAGGAAUGGAUUUUCUAGGUCAUUAUCAUGCUAAACUUGACUGUCGAGCAAAAGUAGUGGAAUUUUGUAUACCUGGUGAAGCAACCCUGAGGUUAGAUGUUAAGGGUAGGUUAGCAUCUUCUGCUAUGAUCUCAGGAAUUAGAGCAAGGAAAAUGUUGUCUAAAGGAGCGCAAGGUUUCUUAGCUUUCUUGAUAAACGCUCCCAGCGAUCAAGUGAAGCUGGAGGAUGUACCUGUGGUACGAGAGUUUUCGGAUGUGUUCCCUGAAGAGCUUAAGACUCUACCGCCGGAAAGGGAGGUGGAAUUUAAGAUUGACUUGGUACCUGGAACGGCUCCGAUUUCUAAGACCCCGUAUCGAAUGGCUCCUGCCGAGCUAAAAGAAUUGAAAAUUCAACUGCAAGAUCUGUUGGAGAAAGGUUUUGUGAAGGAGAGUGACUCACCUUGGGGAGCACCCGUCCUAUUUGUAAAGAAAAAAGAUGGAAGCUUGAGGCUGUUCAUGCCUUUUGGAUUGACCAAUGCACCAGCUGCUUUCAUGGACUUGAUGCAGAGAAUUUUUAAGAAGUACCUGGACCAGUUUGUAGUGGUUUUCAUAGAUGAUAUCUUGAUCUACUCUAAGACUCGUGAGGAACAUGCUAAGCACCUAGAGGUGGUUUUGCAGACAUUAAGAGAGCAUAAACUAUAUGCCAAAUUCAGCAAGUGCGAGUUUUGGUUGACUGAGAUAUCUUUUCUAGGUCACAGAGUUUCUGAGGAUGGUAUUGCCGUGGACCCGGCAAAAGUGGAAGCCGUUAUGAAUUGGAAACAACCAGAAACUCCAACUGAAGUUAGAAGUUUCUUGGGUUUAGCAGGUUAUUAUAGGCGAUUUAUCCAGGAUUUCUCGAAAAUUGCAGGACCUAUGACUGAGCUAACCAAGAAAGGGGCUAAGUUUGUCUGGACCCCGAAGUGCGAGUCAAGUUUUCAGGAACUAAAGAAGCGGUUAACAUCCGCUCCCGUUUUGGUUCUACCUGAUGGAGGUGAAGGUUAUGCUGUAUAUUCCGAUGCUUCCAGAGAAGGUCUGGGAUGCGUUUUAAUGCAAAUGGGUAAGAAAUUGGUUAUGGCCGUGGGUGGUGUUGUGAGGCUGUGA